AUGUCCGAUUGUGAGAAAGAGGAAAACGUGCAAGAGCUUCAGACUGCCCUUAAGGAGCUGGGCUUAGAGUUCACCCCAGACGGGCAAUACGUACGCUGGGCCAAUACUAAUCCGAAGCAUCCAAGAAAUUGGCCCACCAUUCAGAAGGCAUACAACAUAGGCCUGAUAAUAUUCCUCGAAUUCUAUACCACAUCAAUCAACGCAUCCGGAGCAACAACGGCAAAAGAUGCUCGGCACGAACUUGAGAUUGACUUGACUCUAGCGGUAUUUCUUUUUGUCUCAACGUACGCGCUGGCGCAAGCUUUUGGCAAUGUCGUCUUCCCUCCGUACUCUGAGGCGUUCGGUCGGAAAAAACUAUACAUCAUCAGCACUGUACUAUUCAGCGGCUUCAGCGUUAUGAUUGCAGCGGUACCCUCACUGGGAGCAAUGGUUGCAGGACGAACCUUGACCGGCUUGGUUUCGGCCGUACCGACGGUCAUCAUCACGGGCAGUAUAGAGGACAUGUUCAAUACGCGGGACCGUAUCUGGCUGGUGUUUGCUUAUAUGGUGGUUGCCAACUUCGCGGUGGCCAUGGGCCCUGUGAUCAGUGGAUAUAUCACUGCCUAUCUGGGGUGGAGAUGGGUGUACUACAUUUCAGGAAUCGUGACAGGGCUUGUCUCCGUAUUGCUGCUGGGGAUUCGAGAGUCACGUCCGUCGCUGCUGCUGACGUGGGAGGUCGAGAAGCUGCGUCAUGUGACGGGGGUCAUGAAUCUUCAAGCACUCAACCCGGACGAGGUCCCCAAACUCCGCAUUUUUGUGCGCGAUGGGCUCAUUCGACCGCUACGCCUAUUCUUCACGGAGCCCAUUGUCUUUGCCUGCUCUCUGAUGAGCGGCUGCAGCGUCGCCCUCUUGUACCUGUUCACCGAAUCGCUACCUACGAUCUACGAGUCGAUGGGCUUCGCACAGCCAGAGUCCAACCUACCUUUCAUUGCGAUGGGCAUUGGCUUCUUGCCCAGUAUACUGAUUCGGCUCAUAGAUGGGCGCAUCGCAGCGCAGCGGCACCGGGACGGACUCCCUUUGCUACCAGAAAACAAGCUGGCUGGGAUCUGUCUUGGGGCACCGUUCCUGGCAGUUGGGCUCUGGUGGUUCGCAUGGAUGGUGCCUCCUACUAUACGCGGGGUACAUUGGCUUGUGACAUUGAUUCCGCUAUUCUUCGUCGGCUUUGCGCUCAAUGAGUUUGGGACCGUGCUCGCAGGAUAUCUCGCAGACAGCUAUCAUAGCUAUGCAGCAAGUGCGUUUGCUGCAAUGUCCCUUGCACGUUCAUUGCUGUCGUCAAUCUUUCCACUUGUGGCGCCUAAGAUGUUUGGUGCGCUGGGAGCAAACAUUGCCUUGUCGGUUCUGGCCGCUGGUGCUAUGAUAUUCUGCCCCGUGCCAUUCAUUUUUCGGUAUUAUGGCGCCAGUCUUCGCCAAAGAAGCAAGUUUGCACAGUAUAGUCUGCGCGUGUAUGAGGAGAACACUGUUGAAAGGGAAUAUUAA